AUGCCUCCUCAGCGCACCUCGGAGCGGCCUCGGCCACGACAAGACCCUGUCUCCUGCUCCUUGUGCCGGGUAAAGAAACUUAAAUGCGACCGGCAGAGACCAUGUUCGAAUUGCUCAAGUCGCCGGGUGGCAUGCGAAUACCAGGGCGAACGACACUUUUCGUCUGUUGAAGCCUCCAACGAAGAUGAUGACCUCCGGACGGAAAACAGAAUCAUCAAGGCGAGGCUGGAGAGGCUGGAGCAGACCGUCUAUGGAAGCCAGUCAUUACCGCCUCUUGCCGCUCUGAACUAUCCUUCCACUUCUACUGCCGCUUCAACGCCACCACGUCCAAGAACAGAUGGCGAGAAGGCAGAGGAAGACUCUCACUGGCUGGAAUCCAUCGGAACACGCUCAGAACUUACCCUACCACAAUUCACGGAGCGACUGCAGAUCAACAUCCAAACCGAGGAGCAAAUAGCCGCUGCUGUGCACACGCCACGGAUGCAUACUAUCGAUGUGCCGCCUUAUCAUGUAGCAGUUCGCUUCUUGAACGUUUAUGCGGACAAUCUGGACGCCAUGCAGCACGUCCUGCAUGUUGAACAUACUCGCAACAUGUUCGAUCGAGUGUAUACUCAAAUUCAAUCCUCAGACAAGAUCGACCCUGGCGCUCUUGCUUUGAUCCUGAGCAUUUGUGCCAGCGUGGGCUUUUAUUGGAUGGUUGGUUUCCACCGCGGACCGGACAUCUUUGGAGACCAGCCUACUGCCAACAAAGUUUCUACAGAGUGGUCAAGACAGGCCUUGUAUGCGAUCGAACAAGUCCGCGUGUCGACUACCGAGACAAGCUUGGAGGCUGUGCAAGCAUGCAUCAUGUUGACGUUCCUGUUCUACCAUGUCGAGGGCUUCACUGUGAGAGUCAGAAUGAUGCAUUCUACUGCAAUCGCAAUGGCUCGAGAUCAGAGUCUACACAAGCUCGAUGCCAAAGCUGCACGAACCGCGGAUCUGACACAAGUUGGUAUCAUCGAGAAAGAAGUCCGCAGAAAGGUUUGGUGGCAUUUGUCUUGCACGGAUUGGUUGUUGACGUACAUUCGAGGUCCUCAAGAAGGCAUGUAUUCGAUACAUCCCCGUCAAAUAUCCACCAAUCAGCCACGAAACCUAACGCGAGAGGAUCUCAACACUCAUGGGCCCGACUUUAGCCGUAGCUCCCUGGAACCCACCAUCAUGAGCUACUAUCUGCACCGCAUCAAGCUCGCACAUGCAUGUCGAGAGAUUGUAGACGCUGUCUGGUGCUAUCCAGAUCUGGAACAAGUCAAUUACGAUCUGGUUGCCAGCAUGGAUUCAAAGUUCGAGAGCAUCUACCGUGGCAUGCCUCGCUUCCUUCGCUUCGACAUUUCUAGCGCCCAACUGAAAAUGGAAUACGGAGAUGCCUUUACUGUACAAAUGGACAAUCAGCGUGUGAUGGCCAACCAGAUGAUCAAUACCAUGAGGUGUAAGCUGCACCUGCCUUUCCUCAUCCGAGCAAAAUUCGAUUCCCGCUUCAAUUACUCAAGAAACAUUGGCCUGGAGUCCGCACGGAAUGUUUUCAAGAUCCGUCAAACGGUUUUGCAGGAGGAAAGCUCGUUCUUGGAGUCGCAUCUCAAACUUGGAGGUAUUAUGCUUCAUGUCUUCUACGCAACGGUCGUACUUGUCAUGGAUAUCUGCGUCAACAAAGGAGACGACGACCCUCAGCGUCUGGCCCAGGUCCGAGAAGCUCUGAACAUCAUUGAACAGACCAAAGAUGCCUCCGAGAUGGGCGCCCAAUUCUCGGACUCCUUGCUUGCUGUGCUCAGAAAACAUCACGUAAAGUUGCCAAACGCGAAUGCGAACACAGCACGAACCAGUGUACCCGGGCAGGCCAUGAUCUCCACUGGGAAUGGCUACCUCGUACAGGGCCAGCCAUAUGAAGCACAGCAGCAGACCAACGGCACGGCUUCGUAUGUGAGCAACCCGUCUAUGUCUACUAAUGGCUACCCAACCAGCAGCGGUGGACUUGAAUUCGACGGCGGCAUGUGGCAGGACUUUAUCGAUCAAGGCCAAAUGCUGGAUACACAGGACUGGGAAGCGCUCCUGCAGGAUCUCGACAUGCACAUUCUUUGA